AUAGCAUCUCCUGCGCAUAUACUCACUCACUCGCACGCAAACACCUCGUACUCUCGCCUCAUGAAGUCACACGUUGGUGUAGCAGCACUGGCAUUGGCAGCCGUAGCCACUGCCUCCAAUGCAGAGCACGUGGAGCGAAAGCCAUUCAAGCGUACCAGCAUCAAGGCUCCCUUCCUCGAACAAUUCACAGAGGACUGGACAGAGCGUUGGACCCCUUCGGCAGCUACAAAGACGCAAAAGGGCGGCGAUGUCUUCUCCUACUCGGGCAAGUGGUCCGUAGAGGAGCCAAUCGUCUUCCCCGGCCUCUUGGGCGAUGAGGGACUGGUGGUCAAGUCCAAGGCUUCCCAACAUGCCAUCUCCGCACCCUUCACCGAGGUGGUCAAGACCGAUGGCAAGAAGCCCUUGGUGGUCCAGUAUGAGGCCAAAUUCCAGACGGGACUGAGCUGUGGUGGUGCAUACCUCAAGCUACUCAGCGAGUCGCCCGAUGGAAUCCAGGCAAAGGAGUUCUCGGAUCAGACCCCCUACACAAUCAUGUUUGGUCCUGACAAGUGUGGUCAAACGAACAAGGUCCACUUCAUUGUCCGUCACAAGAACCCCGUCACCGGUACCAUCGAGGAGAAGCACCUGAUCGACACUCCUUACCCUAAGCUGGCAAAGACGACUAACCUCUACACCCUCGUGGUGCAACCCGACAACUCCUACGAGAUCUUCAUCAACCACGAGUCGAGGAAGAAGGGUACCCUCUUUGAGCACUUCCAGCCCCCUUUCAACCCACCAAAGGAGAUCGAUGACCCAGAGGACUUCAAGCCCGCUGACUGGGUCGACGAAGAGCGGAUCCCAAGUCCCGUUGCUAGCAAGCCAGCAGACUGGGACGAAGAUGCCCCUGCUGAGAUCUCCGACCCUGACGCUACUAAGCCCGCCGGGUGGCUCGAGGAUGAGCCGCUCCGAAUUCGCGACCCAGAGGCCCAGAAGCCCGAGGAGUGGGACGAUGAAGAGGAUGGUGAGUGGGCUCCUCCUCUUGUGCCCAACCCCAAGUGUCAAGAAGCCCCCGGCUGUGGUCCCUGGACCCCACCUACGAUCCCCAACCCUAAAUACCGCGGAAAGUGGACUGCACCCCUUGUUGCCAACCCUGACUACAAGGGCGUCUGGGCCCCACGUAAGAUUGCCAACCCAGAGUACUACAAUGACGAGCAACCAAGCAACUUCACUCCCAUGGCUGGUAUCGGUUUCGAGAUCUGGACCAUGGACGAGGACAUCCUCUUUGACAACAUCUACGUCGGCUACUCUGCCGAAGACGCAAAGAAGUUGGCCGAGGAGACCUUUGACGAGAAGUUGCCCAUUGAGCAGAACAUUGAGAAGAAGACGGACGAUGAGAAGAAGGCAAAGGACGCCGAGGAGGCAAAGGGGGCAGCCCUGGACACCGCCAAGUCCUUUGUGGAGAAGUACACAGAGGAGGCCAAGCAGUUCCUCGACGCUGCCAGGGAUGACCCCAUUGAGGCUUUCAAGGCCUUCCCCCAGGUUGCUGGUGGACUGGGAGCACUCGUCACCAUGCUCCUGGGUAUCGUGGCUGUCCUCGCCGGUCUAGCUGGCUCCAAGGCUGCCCCGGCGGUCAAGGACGCUGCUGCGAAGGGCAAGAAGAAGAUUGAUGCACCUACCACCUCUUCGGCAAAGGGCGUCACUUCCAAGACGUCCGCAUCGGAGACGGCAAAGGCAAAGUCUACCUCAGUCACGGCUGCUGGCAGCAAUGGCACUAGCAAGAGGACCGUCGUUAGCGCUGAGGAUGACGAGGAUUAGAGAGAGGGGUGCGUGGAGAGAUCGCCGAGCAUGCUAGGUGUAGAGGUGUAGAGGAGUUCAGUCGUCGCUGUUGGAGGAGCGAAAGGAAUUGGUGAGAGCCGUGCGGACGAGUAAGAAGAGCCGGCUGGCUGGUUGACCGGUGAGGGACCCUGCGCUCGAAUGUAUUUGAGAGGGGAAGGGGGGCCUCAGAGCGAGAGAGAGAGGAACGGCUUGCAUCCUGCUGCAAGUCGAGAAAGAAGC